AAGCGUGGCACGGGCCAUUUUGGUCAGGUCUGCCCCUCACGCAUGCGUGGGAUCCCCUGCUCCCUGCUACCUCAGAGGAACCAAGCCGGUAGACGCGGCGGCGCUCGACCUCGCCAUGGCUUUCGCUCUACGAGCCCUUCACCACCGCCUCCCCCGCUCCCUCCACCACUCCAAUACCCUCUCCACCUCCGCCUCAUCUCACGACCUCCGCGAGCUCCUCCGCAUCCAACGCAUCCUCAGUGACCCCGCAGCAACCACCCACCCACCGCAAACGCAACCACGCCCACGAGCCGCCGCCGCCACCGCCGACCUGCACCAUCUUCUCCACCGCGCGGCCGGCCUCACCACCGCCGAGGCCACCUCCCUGCUCCGCCGCGUCCAUAACACCCACCGUCUGGGCCACCUUCUCCAAGAACUCCGCGGCCUGCGCCUCCCGGCGGACGAGAUCAAGAACGCCCUCGGGUCCGACCCCGACGGGCUCCUCUCCAUGGAGCCGGGCGAGCCGUCCCGCCUCGUCGAGCUCCUGGACGAGCUCCGCUGCCGGGCGGCCAUCAAGGACCAGGUCCUCUCCCACGGCGUGCUCGGCGCCGCAAUCGCCACGAGGCGGCGGGUGGAGCUCCUGCACGAGCGCGGGCUGAGCCGGCGGGACGCGCUGAGGGUGAUCUCCGUUGAGCCCCGGGCAAUUUUAUAUAGCCUGGAGGAUGUGGAGAGGAAAUUGGAGUUCUUGGUGGGCAGGAUGGGGUUUGAGAUUGGUUGGCUGGUGGAGUACCCAGAGUUCUUGGGGAUAAAUCUCGACAGGUCGAUCAUCCCGCGGCACAAUGUGGUGGAGUAUUUGGCGUCGGUGGGUGGGCUUGGGGACCCCAUUGAGAUGAAGCAUUAUGUGAGAUUCAGCCGGCUCAGGUUCUACAAUCUGUUCGUGAAGCCAUACCCGGAGUGCGAGAGGAUUUUCGGGGGCCUGGUCAGGGAAAGGAAGGAAGAGGUGAGGCGGCAGCAUCCGGUGGGGUUGUGGAAGCUGUUUAAGCCCACGAAGCAUGAGAGCACUGAGGAGAAUGUGAAGGACAUGAAGUUGGUUGUGGAAUCACUUCAUUAGCUCUGUUGAGAAUGCCAACUGGUACCGAUUUUGAAUUGUGUUUGAUAUUGCGCAAGUGCAUGUAUGAAUUGCAAUGCAUUCUGCCAACCAAAUAGCAUCUUGAACAAACAUGUAACAAAUUGGAGUUCUGGGACACCACGUCUUUGGAAGGUAUUCCAGCAUAGACCACAGCCUUGAUUAAAGCAAGUCCUAGAGCCUACCUUAAGGUUGAGGUCAAUUAUAAUGCCCUGAUCAUGAUAUGGUGAUCAGAGCUGGUCUCAUUGGGAAGCAAAAAAGAUAGUUUGAUGAGAGUCAGAGCUGAUCUCAUUGGGAAGCAAACAAGAUAGUUUGAUGAAAGCUGGCAACUUAUGGAAGGCUCAUUUCAAGUUAGAAGAAUCUAUGAUCAUUGAGGAAAAAUAUUUGAUAGGUCGCCACAUUGAUUAUGUAUCUGGAAAUAGAAAACAGCAGAUACCCAGCUUUUGAAAAUGUCAUUGGAAGUGAGGAAAAAAAUCAUGGUACUCUCGUUGCUGCUCCAUGCAUGAUCUGUUUAGCACGGAUGAUGUAGGAUUUGUAAAAUGGUCAGGCUUCCUAACUUGUACUCCAUCUGUUACCAUAAGGUUGGUAGUCACUGCAUAGAGACUUGAUGCCUUUAUUUCUGUAGUCUUCAGUUUUUAGUUUCUCUAGUGGAGCACCUGGUAUGCACUACUGAUCUAACUCUUUUCUCCAUCGUAUUAUUUAUUUCAUAGGAAAUGCCAAGCUGAUAGUUGCCAUUCCCAAUGCAUAUAAAUACAUGAGAUGUGACUCUUGGUUCUUCUGACUUUCAAAA